ACGCGGCUGCUCCGCGCCCAGUUCGGCCCGGGUAGGCGACGCCCGUGGCCGGGCCGGCCCGGCCAUGCCGCUGGAGGUGCAGGACGCGCUGUACGUGGCGCUGGAGCUGGCAAUCGCCGCGCUGUCGGUGGCGGGCAACGUGCUGGUGUGCGCCGCGGUGGGCAAGUCGAGCGCGCUGCAGACGCCCACCAACUACUUCCUAGUGUCCCUGGCGGCGGCGGACGUGGCCGUGGGGCUGUUCGCCAUCCCCUUUGCCAUCACCAUCAGCUUGGGCUUCUGCACUGACUUCCACAGCUGCCUCUUCCUCGCCUGCUUCGUGCUCGUGCUCACGCAGAGUUCCAUCUUCAGCCUCUUGGCCGUGGCCGUCGACAGGUACCUGGCCGUCCGCGUCCCCCUCAGGUAUAAGAGUUUGGUCACCGGGACCCGAGCGAGAGGAGUCAUUGCUGUCCUAUGGGUCCUUGCCUUUGGCAUUGGACUGACCCCGUUCCUGGGGUGGAAUAGUAAAGACAGUGCCACCAACAACUGCACAGAGCCCUGGGAUGGAACCACCAAUGAAAGCUGCUGCCUUGUGAAGUGUCUUUUUGAGAAUGUGGUCCCCAUGAGCUACAUGGUAUACUUCAAUUUCUUUGGGUGUGUCCUGCCCCCACUGCUCAUAAUGCUGGUGAUCUACAUCAAGAUCUUCAUGGUGGCCUGCAGGCAGCUUCAGCGCACUGAGCUGAUGGACCACUCAAGGACCAUCCUUCAGCGGGAAAUCCAUGCGGCCAAGUCCCUGGCCUUGAUCGUUGGGAUUUUUGCUCUGUGCUGGCUACCAGUACAUGCCAUCAACUGUGUCACUCUUUUUCAGCCAGCUCAGGGUAAGGAAAAGCCCAAGUGGGCAAUGAACACAGCCAUUCUCCUGUCACAUGCCAACUCAGUUGUCAAUCCCAUUGUCUAUGCCUACCGGAACCGAGACUUCCGCUAUACCUUUCACAAAAUCAUCUCCAGGUAUGUUCUCUGCCAGACAGAUGAUGUCCUCAAGAGUGGGAAUGGGCACGUCGGGGCACAGCCUGCUCUCAGUGUGGGCCUAUGACCUAGACUCUGGCCUCUUCGAAGAGAAGGCACAAAUUCACAAUAAACAAAGGGACAGGACAUGACUGGAUGAUUCUCAUUGUGAAAGACAGCCACACCUCACAAGCAUAUGGGUUGCCUCUUUUGAGCACUUCCUGGAGUUACCACAUAUCUAGUCAAUAUGUAUAUGUUAUUAGUAGGCUCCAAGGGUUGACAAAUGUUAUUUAUGGUUCUGUCUGGCUGCUCUUACUAUGUGUAUGAUGCUGACAGCUUGAAUGGAUUGUAAAAGACAGUUUUGUUUUUUAGGAGUCGGCCUCUUUCAUGGUAGAAAAUGACUGAAACUAUUUUGCUGUGAAACACUGUGAACUAUUAUAAUACAAAUAUUUAACUUAGAGGCAAUGGAAAAAUAAAAGUUG